AUGUCUGUUCCCUUGUCAGAGAGACUGCUGGAUUUUCCAGUGCUGGAACAAGAGAAAGGUUCAGCCACCUCCAUGAACACCUCCACUGUCACUGAAUUUGUCUUUCUGGGUCUCCCCCACUCCCGCUCUAUCCAACUCCUACUCUUUCUCCUGGUCUUGGCCUGCUACAUGGCAAUCCUACUGGGCAAUCUCCUCAUUGUGGUGACUGUGCAUGCAGAGCCCCGACUCCUCCAGUCGCCCAUGUACUUAUUCCUGGGCAAUUUAUCCAUCAUUGAUACUGCAGUGGGUUCCGUGGCAGUCCCCAAGAUGUUGGCAGAACUAGCAAGCUAUGGCAAAACCAUCUCACUUGGAGGUUGUAUGACCCAGAUCUUCUUCCUGCACUUCUUUGGUGGUUCAGAGAUGCUCCUCCUCACUCUCAUGGCCUACGAUCGGUAUGUGGCCAUCUGUCACCCUCUGAUGUACAUGACCACAAUGAACCGCUCACAUUGCAGGAGGCUCCUAGUGUCCUGCUGGGUUGGAGGCCUCAUCCAUUCCAGCACCCAACUGGUCCUGCUCCUCCGGCUCCCAUUCUGUGGUCCAAACAAACUGGAUAAUUUCUACUGUGAUGUCCCACAGGUGGUCAAACUGGCUUGUGCUGAUGUCUAUGUCACUGAAAUACUCAUGGUGGCCAACAGUGGCCUCCUAUCCCUGGUUUGCUUAUUUAUCGUGCUAGUUUCAUAUGCUGUCAUUCUGGCCACCCUUCGAGGCUACUUCAGGGAGAGUGGCAGGAAGGCUCUGUCUACCUAUGGCUCUCACCUCACAGUGGUCAAUCUCGUUUUUGUGCCUUGUCUCUUUGUGUAUCUUGUACCUUCCUCCAGCUCCAAUGUAGACAAGAUGGCUUCCAUAUUCUACACUAUAGUCACCCCAGCCCUCAACCCAAUGAUAUAUACUCUAAGGAAUCGGGAAAUGAGGGAGGCUAUGGGACGAUUGAAGAAUCAGUGCAUUUUCUCCCAUUUUCCUGCAAAGGGACAAAAGUGA